AUGUCGCUCUCACGCUCUCCUUCACCCAAACGAGGCGGCGGCUGGGCCACAAGAAGCCAUCAGGUCAACGGAUACCCAGCAUAUCAAGACGCCGCCUCAGGCUUCUUUGGCAAACACAUGCGCAAAAUCUCGGCGAGCCUACCCUUCUUCAACAAUGGCCCCAAGGACGAGCGUCAGGCCGAAAAGGAGAAGGCGGGCAGAGGCAGAUGGGCUCCUGCACGAGGAGGCUACCUUGCCAGCGUCAAGUCGAUGCUCGGUCGCCAUAUGCUUAGAUCAAAGUCUCGAUUCGUCCUGGUCCUGGUCUUCUUGUUGCUUGUUCUUUGUUUCUAUACCACCCCUUUACAUUACUGGUACCGAAGAAGCUCGUGGCUGGGCGGCGGCAGCAAAUUCGUCGUCAUUCUGGCAGCCAACAUGGGAGGAGGAGUCAUGGAGUGGAAGGGGCCUCGCGAGUGGGCAAUUGAGCGCGACAGUGUGCGCAACAAGAAAAACUACGUGCACCGCUGGGGUUAUGAGUUGGAAAUUGUCGAUAUGAGCACAAAGAAACGCUACGCACACGAGUGGAGAGAGAGCUGGGAGAAGGUCGACACAAUUCGCAACGCCAUGCGCAAGUACCCGCAGGCCGAGUGUCUGUCGCCCAUCGGAGACGGCAAGCCGGAUUCGAUCAACCUGAUCGUGCCCCAGGACUGUGGUGGCUUCAACCUUGGUUCCUUCUUUGUCAAGCGCUCGGCCUGGACAGACCGCCUCCUCGAUAUCUGGUGGGACCCCGUGGGUUAUGAACAAAAGCACAUGGAGUGGGAACACAAGGAGCAAGACGCACUGGAGUACAUGUACACCAACCAGCCGUGGGUGCGGCCUCACCUUGCCUUCAUUCCUCAGCGCAAGGUCAACAGCUUCCCACCUGGCGCCUGCGGCGACAAUGGAGAGGACAUGAACAUCCACUAUCACGAACACGACCGUGACUUUGUCGUCAACAUGGCAGGUUGCGAGUGGGGCAGAGACUGCUGGGGCGAGAUGUACAACUACCGCCAGUUGAGCAACAGGCUCAACCGCAAUAACUGGGAGAAGUUCAAGGACGGCGUGUCCGGAGCCUUUUCGUUCCUAAAGUCCAAAAAGAAGGAAAUCACAGGGACGGAAAAGGACAAUGAGGAGAAGAAGGAGUCAUGA